AGGAGUCGCUGGAUUUUCAAAGGAGGGUGGGGAGCACUGCAAGAAGGUCCACCUCUGGCUGUUGGGAGGAAGGGGCAAGAGGCAGUAGGAGACCUCCAGACUCGGCAUGGAUGUGACUCUCCGUGAAAACUCAAAGAUGACAGCAGACCCCAACACCAGUGGCUCCCUGGGUUUCAGCUCUGGCACUGUUUCCGUGCCCAACCCGGACGCGGCCCCCCUUCCUGUCUCGAGCCCACCCUUGGGUUCGGGCCCGACUCCUGCUUCCAGCCUUCACCCCGCUCCGAGUCCGAUCUCAAGUGCAGCCCCUGGCCUGGUGUCUGAUAACUCACCCACAACACCCGGGGACACCACAACCCUGGUUCCGGCCUCUGUCCAGGCCUCCAGCCCCCACUCUGGGGAGGCCCUGGGCCUGCAUUCUAAUCCCAUCUCAAGGCCUGACUCCUGCGGGACGCUCUCUCCAGCCUCAAAUCUCGCUCCCAGCUCUGACUCUGCUGAUGUCCCUGACCUGAACUUGGGCAACCAAUUAGAGCCAACUUUAGAGAAGACCUCCCCUCCCUCUAGUAAGCUAUUUGAACUGGGUCAGAGUAACUCCAAUCCUUCCAGGCCCGAAUCAAAGCCAUUUAUAAGGUUUUGUUCAAAGGAGUCAUUAGUCAUGGGUCACAGCAACUCCAGGCCAGGCUCAAAAGCACUUCUUAUUCCAGCCUUAAGCGCUUCCCUGGAUCCUGACUCAGGAGAUGUCUGUGUGCUGGACCGGGAUGCUGCUCCCGAGAGCCCUCUCCCAGACACAAGUGAGACCAUCACCUUGACUUCCCACAGCAUCUCGGAGUCUGUUUCUAAAGGAGCCUUAGGGGUGACCUGGAGCACCAACUCCAGGGACACCAUCCAUCUGGUUCCAAACGAGGAGCUGAACUCUCAGAGGAACGUGACCCACACGAAGACUUCCCGCAUGACCCUGAGUCCCAGCUCCACGGAUGUCACCAGUCUGCACUCCAGCACCCACGGGCCCAACUCUGCCCUUUCUCCACCCUCGUGCAUGACCCUGGUCCUGGGCUCCAGUGAGACCCUGAGCGUGGGCUCCAGCCUCAUCUUCAGUGACACGUCCACGUUGACCCUGAGCAGCCAGCAGGACUACUCCGAGGAGGGGAGCACCUGCACCAUCCCUCUGCACUGCAGUCCAGACGGCUGGAGCGAGGUGGCCAGCGUCGUUGAGGUAGGUAAGUUUGCGCUGGGGCUCUCCGCCACUGGCACCAAGGGCAGUACCGCCGCCACCGUCCCCAGCAUCUCCGAGGGAGUCUUCGAUGAGGUGCCCUCGUGCCUGAUGAAGAUACCUGUGAAGAGCAACGGCGGCAACAGCAGGGCUCUGGUGGAGAAUGUCCUUGUCCUCCAGAAGAAUCAGACGCUGCUGGAAGUAGGAGAGAAGAAGAUGAUGAUGAUGAAGAUGAUGAGGCAGAUCCAAGAGGAGCCGCUGGAUUCCCUGUCCAGCUCUGUCCGCCAGCAGGCCAUGGAGACCCUGACCCAAUUAAGCCACACACAGCCAGGCCUGGGCGUGCGGGAGAGGUCCGAGCUGGUGAGCGCCUGUGUCAGAAGUGUGUUCUCCCUGCCCUCCGUGCAGGCCAUGCAGCAGAAAGAUGAAGCCAAGGCGGAGGCCGUACAGACACUCUAUGGCCAGACCCUGAAUGCCCUGCAGACCCUGCUCAAUGCCCUCUUCAUUGAGGACCCGACGCCUGCUGGGUUAAAGAGCAUCCUUGAGCCCCUGGGACCCUGGAUGAACUCCGGGAAGACCCACGAGAGAGCGCGGGCCGUGAACAGCAAUGUCUCCGUCUUGAACCACACUCUCCUGACGGUGCCUCUCUUUAUGUCCUCUGGGUUCCCGACGCUGGGGCUUCUGCUGGGAAGGCUCAUUCUUCGAGUGGGAGAUCCUGACGAGGAGAUUGGCCGGGCAGCUCUGGACGGCAUCAUCAUCCUUUACACCCUCUUAGAACUCCAAAAGCGAGCCAGGAACAAGGAGGAGACCAACAAGAAGGAGCUCUAUGAGAGCAACAAGCGCUUCCUGGGGCCCUACAAUGCCACCAGCCCGUGCCAGAACAUCCUGCGCGUGAUUGCUGAAUUUGGGGAAUUCCUGGGGCCCCAGCAGGUGAAGGACUUGCUGCUGGCAGCCCUGGAAGGGCUGACAAGUAUCUCAGACAUCCUUGGGAAGGGCUCCGGAGAAAGGAUGCAGCUGGCCUCGGAGGUCACCCUCAGCUCCGUGCUGGAGUGGUACAGGCACCGGGCGCUGGAGGUGAUCCCGGAAAUCAUGCAGGGUAUCUACGUGAAGCUGAGCCACAUCCAGGAGCCGCGUGCCCGCGAGGUGGCCCUGCUGCCCGUCUCCCUCCUGGCCAGCUCCUUCAUGACCGAGGUGGUGGUGGCUCUGCUGAUGUGCCCCCUUCCACUGGACAGCAACGGAGCAGAGAUGUGGCGGCAGCUGAUCCUGCGCAAGCCCAGCUGUGACGUCCAAGACCUCCUGGAUCUGCUCCUGACCAGCCUGAAGGAGAAGCCUGUCACCAAGAAGGGCCGGGCCUCCAUCGUGCCCUUAGCGGCAGCCAGCGGCCUGUGUGAGCUCCUGUCCGUCAACAGCUGCGUGGGCCGAGUGAGGCGCAUCUACCCCCAGCUGCUGCUGGCCCUGCUCAUUCAAGUCCAUUACCACAUUGGCCUCAGUCUGCCUGGCCGUGUGGGCCCCCGCAAGGACACCAAGAAGGAUGGACAGCCCCCCGCCUUUGUGCCCGUCCGCUGGGUGGUGAAGGUGGUGAAGACCCUGCUGCUGAAGAUGGGCUGCUUCCACGAGGCCAGCUUUCUGGAGGACCGGGGCGGCUGGGAAUUCCUGGGGCAGGCGGAGAACCACCACCGCGGCGUGUCCCUGCUGGCGAGGGCCAUGGUGCACUACUCCUGCCAGGAGCUGUGCCGCAUCCUCUACCUGCUCAUCCCACUCCUGGAGCGAGGCGACGAGAAGCACAAGAUCACGGCCACCGCCUUCUUCGUGGAGCUCCUCCAGAUGCAGCAGGUGCGGCGGAUCCCCGAGGAGUACUCUCUGGGGCGGAUGGCGGAAGGCCUGAGCCACCGUGACCCCAUCAUGAAGGUGCUGUCCAUUCGAGGCCUGAUCAUCCUGGCCCGCAGGACUGAGAAGACAGCCAAGGUGCAGGCCCUCCUGCCCGCCAUGGUGAAGGGCCUGCAGAACGUGGAUGGGCAACUGGUGGUGGAGGCCAUGCACAACAUCAAAAGCAUCUUCAAGGGGCAAGACCUGAAGCUGUUUGACUCCUCGGUCAACGUGGAGUUGCUGCAGGUCCUGAUGCCUCACUUUAGUGACUCGCGGGAGGAUGUGCGCUGCUCAUGCAUCAACCUGUACGGGAAGGUGGUGCAGAAGCUGCGGUCCCCACGCAGCCCAGACAUGGAGGAGCAACUGAUCAGCACCUUGGUCCCCAUACUGCUGGUCAUGCAGGAGGGCAACUCCGAGGUGAGCCAGAAAUGUGUGAAGACGCUGUUCCGAUGUUCCUGCUUCAUGGGCUGGGAUUUGCCCAAAACAGCUUACAGCCGGAAGCCCUGGGACAACCGCCAGAAGACAGUGGCCAAAAUCUGCAAGUACCUUGUGAACACCCAUCAAGACAGUGCCUUCAAGUUCCUCAGCCAGAGCCUGGAAUUCACCAAGAGCUCCCGGGCCUCCCUCCGGAAGGCCUCGGUCAUGUUCAUAGGGUACCUGGUCCCCUGUAUGGAGAACAUCGUGACAGAAGACUGUCUGAAUGAAGUCAAAGCUGCUCUGGAAAACUUGAGACAUGACCCCGAAGCGUCCGUGUGCAUCUAUGCGGCCCAGGCUCAGGACCACAUCCUGGCCACCUGCUGGCGGAACUCCUGGCCGCUGCUGUACCGGGACUCCUGGGUGUUCGACCCGGCCGCCACGCACCGCUGGAGCCCCAGCUGCGAGGACCUGCCCACUUCCCACCAGCGGCGCUCCUGGAUCAUGCAGGCCCUCGGUUCCUGGAAGAUGUCCCUGAAACAGUGAUGCCCCUGGGCCCCAGUCUUCCUCAGGGGUCCCCGUGACCCCAGCCGUGCGCCCUAUAAAUGCCACAUGGUUCGCCUCUCCCUCUGGAGUGUUCCUCAUGGGAGAGGUCUGGGCCCGCCCAGCCUGCAGGAGGCCAGAGCCCUUCCCACCGCCCUUAGAGAGGAGCAUGGCUCCCAUAGGCUGCUGUCCACCUGUUUGAAGUGGGACACGUGGGACGAAGAGAGCUGAAGUAGCAGGCCUUACUCCACACAGCAGAAGCUGAGUGCCUGAGUUUCCCCUCCCCGAGAGUCUGUUAUAAAAACAAACAAAAAAUGCUGUUGAUUUGGGUGGGUGGGCUUGAUGUUUUCCACUCCAUGAGUGGCAGACUCAGAAGCCCGCAGGGGCAGUCCUACCCUGUCCUCUAGGGUCUGUGAGUCGGAGCUGACUUGAUGGCAGUGAGGUUGGAGAGUGGAGGGCAGGGAAGGAAAGUGUCCCUCCCCAGACCAUUCCUACCCCGGCACCCUGCUCGGGGAGCCUCACCUUCAGGUCUUUGUCCAAAGACGGGCCAUAGUUCAUUCGGGCAACAAUCACACUGAGUAUGUAUGCACCCAGGAGCAGCCCUGCUCUGGGUGCUGAUGGUACAUAUAUGCAGGAGAGCUGGCCCUACGUCCCAAGUCUAUAAUGUAAGCGAAUGCAGGAGUGCUGAACGGAGGGUCAUCUUGACGGCCAGAUGAUAUUUGGAGCCACCUUUGGUGGUUACACUCUGUCGGCGGGGGAGGGGGGGGGCUUUUUGCAGAUGGUCUGCAGAAGCCAAAGAUGCGGCUUAAUAUGCUACGAUGCACAAGACACCCCCCACAGCAAAGCCUUACCCAGCCCCUAAGGUUCUCACAGUCGUGCUGAGAUUGAUGCGGGAAGACACAGACAGCACAACAGGGCGGUGUGGUGAUGAGGGACACCUGAGGCAGCACGUAGCCCAGCUGGGGGCUGGGGCAUCAGGGAAGGCUUCCUGGAGAAAGAACCACCCUGCCCAAUCUGGGGGAACCCUCACUCUGGUACCUGUUACGUGACUGCUUGGAAAUAGGAGAUCUUAGUCUUGUGAACGGUAUCAUGUCAUGGUGGGUGGGUGUGUCCUAAAUCUAAUCAUUUCUGAGUUAUAAAAAGGUCAGGAUAGGUAGAUAGCUAGAUGACAGAACAUCAAACAAAUGUCAAGGAACUUCAGGAAUGGCCAGCAGCAUCUAGAUGCUGACAUUUCCAAAGAAUAUCCUCCUAGAGGCAUGCCCUAAAUUCAGACUUCUAACCUCCAGAACUGGAAGAAAAUAAACUACUGUUAUUGAGAGCAA